AUGAACUGGGGGAUCUUCGAGGGGCUCCUAAGCGGGGUCAACAAGUACUCCACAGCGUUCGGGCGCAUCUGGCUGUCUCUGGUCUUCAUCUUCCGAGUGCUGGUGUACCUGGUGACGGCCGAGCGAGUGUGGAGCGACGACCACAAGGAUUUCGACUGCAACACCCGCCAGCCGGGCUGCUCCAACGUCUGCUUCGAUGAGUUCUUCCCCGUGUCCCACGUGCGCCUCUGGGCCCUGCAGCUCAUCCUGGUCACCUGCCCCUCGCUGCUGGUGGUCAUGCACGUGGCCUACCGGGAGGCGCGGGAGAAGAAGCACCGAGAGGCGGCGGGGGAGGACGGCGGGCGCCUCUAUCUGAACCCCGGCAAGAAGCGGGGUGGGCUCUGGUGGACAUACGUCUGCAGCCUGGUGUUCAAGGCCGGCAUAGACACUGUCUUCCUUUAUGUGUUCCACCUGUUCUACCCCAAAUACAUCCUCCCUCCUGUGGUCAAGUGCCGCGCGGCCCCGUGUCCCAACACAGUGGACUGCUUCAUCUCCAAGCCCUCAGAGAAGAGCAUCUUCACUCUCUUCAUGGUCAUCACGGCUGCCAUCUGCAUCCUGCUCAACCUCGUGGAGCUGGUUUACCUGGUGAGCAAGAGGUGUCGCGAGUGCCUGGCAGCGAGGAAAGCCAGGGCGGCCAGCGCCUCUUCCCGCAAACAGGAUGACCUCCUCGCAGGCGACCUCAUAUUUCUGGGCCCAGACACUCACCCUCCCCUCUUACCAGACCACCCUCGAGACCACGUGAAGAAAACCAUCCUGUGA